GUUGACUUUUUGGCUCUUCUGUUGAACCAAUGUCUUUGCCCUCAGUCCCCACUCUCGCCAUCAGAUCCGGACCAUCCGGUCAUCACUCGAUGCCGGUUCUUGGUUUUGGAACCGCUGCUUCUCCGAUACCGGAACCAACGAUGAUGAAAGAGACGGUGAUAGAGGCCAUCAAGCUUGGUUAUCGCCAUUUCGACACGUCUCCGAGGUACCAGACGGAGGAGCCAAUCGGCGAAGCUUUGGCGGAGGCGGUUUCUCUUGGCUUAGUUCGAUCUCGAUCUGAAUUCUUUAUCACUACCAAGCUAUGGUGUGCUGAUGCUCAUGGUGGUCUUGUCGUACCGGCGAUCAAACGGAGUUUGAAAAACCUUAAACUGGACUAUCUUGAUCUUUAUCUAAUUCAUUGGCCGGUUAGCUCAAAACCUGGUAAAUACAAGUUUCCCAUUGAUGAAGAUGAUUUUUUGCCAAUGGAUUUCGAAGUAGUGUGGUCCGAAAUGGAGGAGUGUCAGAGACUCGGGCUUGCGAAGUGUAUAGGAGUGAGCAACUUUUCAUGUAAGAAGCUUCAACACAUCCUCUCUAUCGCGAAUAUCCCGCCUAGUGUCAAUCAAGUCGAGAUGAGUCCAAUAUGGCAACAAAAAAAACUAAGGGAGCUUUGUAGUUCGAACGACAUUGUUGUCACAGCUUAUUCAGUUUUAGGAUCUAGAGGGGCUUUUUGGGGAACUCCCAAAAUUAUGGAAUCUGACGUUCUCAAAGAAAUAGCAGAAGCAAAGGAAAAAACUGUGGCCCAGGUGAGCAUGAGAUGGGCUUAUGAACAAGGAGUGAGCAUGGUGGUGAAGAGCUUUACCAAAGAGAGAUUGCAAGAGAAUAUGAACAUAUUUGAUUGGUCUUUGACAGAAGAGGAGACACAGAGAAUCUCGACAGAGAUUCCACAGUUCAGGAACCUCGGCGGAGAGGUUUAUAUCUCCAAGAAAGCUCUUACGUUCCCAAUCGGAUCCGUCCAUCACUUGAUGCCGGUUCUAGCUCUAGGAACGGCCGCAUCUCCUCCACCCGAACCGAUAGUGUUGAGAAAAACGGUGUUGGAGGCCAUCAAGCUCGGUUAUCGUCACUUCGACACGUCUCCGAGGUACCAGACUGAGGAGCCGCUCGGCGAAGCUCUGGCGGAAGCAGUUUCUCUAGGCUUAGUUCAAUCUCGAUCGGAACUCUUCGUCACUUCUAAGCUAUGGUGUGCUGAUGCUCAUGGUGGCCUUGUUGUACCGGCGAUUCAACGGAGUUUGGACUCGAAACCUGGAAAAUACAAGUUUCCUAUUGAAGAAGAUGAUUUUUUGCCAAUGGAUUAUGAAGCAGUUUGGUCUGAGAUGGAAGAGUGUCAGAGACUCGGAGUUGCAAAGUGUAUAGGAGUAAGCAACUUCUCGUGCAAGGAGCUCCAACACAUCCUCUCUGUUGCCAAAAUCCCACCUAGUGUCAAUCAAGUGGAGAUGAGUCCAGUCUGGCAACAGAGAAAACUGAGGGAACUUUGUAAGUCUAAAGGCAUUGUUGUGACAGCUUAUUCGGUGUUGGGGUCGAGAGGAGCUUUUUGGGGAACUCACAAAAUCAUGGAGUCUAAUGUUCUCAAAGAAAUUGCCGAGGCUAAGGGAAAAACAGUAGCACAGGUGAGUAUGAGAUGGGCUUAUGAGGAAGGAGUGAGCAUGGUGGUGAAGAGCUUUAAGAAAGAGAGAUUGGAAGAGAAUCUGAAGAUAUUUGAUUGGUCUUUGACAGAGGAGGAGAAACAGAGAAUCUCGACGGAGAUUUCUCAGAGCAGGAUCGUUGACGGAGAGGUUUAUAUCUCAGAGAAAGGUCCUAUAAAAUCUGUCGCCGAGAUGUGGGACGGUGAGAUCUGAUAUAACUUCAUGUGAAUAAAGGGGCUGUUGUAAA